UAAAUGUAAACUAUUUCUAACAUGUUCAGUUAAUUAUGAUGAAUAAAAUGUUGUUAAAACUGAGGAACAGUUACUACAAUACCUGACUAAAGAAGUGAUUGUGGAAAAAGCAAAAUUUGGAAGACCUGAUAAAAUGUGUGAAAGAGCUCCACCCAGUGGACUUCUGUGGUAAUUACCAGAAACUUCCUGAAGCCUCUGGAGCGCCGCCUGCUAGAAUAUAAAGCUGAGACAGUCCCACUGACUGACAGAAAGAAACACAAGCAACACAGGAGAGAAGAGAAACCUGAAAAGAAGUUCAUCUCAAGACAAGAAGCCUCAAAACAAACAGGAGAAAAAUGCUGUGCUCUCAUGGAUUCCCAUCUGCCCUCAGUCCUUUCAUGGACUUCUCCUGGCCUGUACGCAGUCUGUGGCCAGAGGUCAGACCUCUGCUCUACCAGCAGCAUCUCCUGCAACCAAACCUCCAGGAUCUGUGCAGCAGUCUGCAGCUGAUGGACAAACUUCAACACCAGAUCCUGGAGGACACAGAAGUGAUGGAGCCGCUGCCAGACCCAGGAUAG